GCGAAAACGGCGAAAACAAUCAACAGACUGACGGAUGAAGCGCGGGGAUUUCUUUUCUUUUUGCGCUGUCCUUUGUCUGCUGUCAGCGAGGGCGAAGUGCAGAAAAAAAUCGGAAAAAAAUAGUAAACGUCAUUACUUUUUGCGGUGAACGUUGGUGCUUAGUCGGAUAGAAGUGAGGCCGAUCCACAAACAUGUCGCCACCGGGCAACGGGAUCUUCGUCGUCCGCGGGGAAAUGUCCACCCUGACGACGGCAAUGCGUCGUGGCUCUCGGUGGAGCUCCAAUUCCUAUCAGGACGACGAGAAGGACGGUCUGUUGAAGAAUUUCCACGAACUGAAGGAAAGGCUCCUCCAAGUGGAAGAUUUACGCUUGGUCGAGCCCGGCGUAUUUUUAGGACCGUUUCUGGAAGUCAUACGUUCCGAAGAGACAACCGGUCCUGUGACGAGCCUUGCCCUUUCCGCAGUUAACAAAUUCCUAUCGUACGGAUUGAUUGACCCAACCCAUUCCACGCUGGCAUCUACGGUGGAGUGCAUUGCCGAUGCGGUUACCCAUGCUCGAUUCGUGGGGACGGAUCAAACCUCUGACGGGGUAGUGCUAAUGAAGAUCGUUCAGGUCUUACGCACGUUGGUGCUUAGCCCGGAAGGGAGCUUUCUAUCCAACGAAAGCGUUUGUGACAUCAUUCUGAGCUGCUUCCGGUUGUGUUUUGAACCACGAUUGAAUGAACUGGUUAGAAAAACGGCAGAAAAUGCACUAAAGGAUAUCGUGCUGCUGUUGUUCAUGCGAUUGCCGCAGUUUGUGGAAAACGCCAGCUUCCAUUUAAAAUCGUUGAAGAUGCGCUCAAGUUCAAUGGAUCAAUCUAGCAAAAAACGGAAGCACAGUAAGAUUGAAGUUAAGCCUCUUCCAACUACAGCUCCCAAAAUAGUCACUGAAGACAGCAGUAGUCUAGAGCCGGAACCCACAACACCAGUGGUUAGCAAUGCACCAAAAGGCCUAAAACCUCCUCCACUGGCCACAACGCCGGCUACACCAGCUGGUGUCAUUGUUGAUAUGCAAGGUUCAAUUUCCCAAACUCCUAAAAGCAGCCUCGAUCCUAAACAGGACACUAUCCAAGAGGAGACGAAUGCCCAAACGCAACCGGAAUCGGUUGUCGAAACUCCUAUCCAGAUCGAAUCCGAGGAGUUGCCCGGAGAUUCAUUCGUCAAUUCUGUAGGAGUUCGAUUUACCCAUCAACAAGAGGAAGAAAUAACGGGGCCAACACCGCAUCUUCCGUAUGGAUUGCCCUGCAUUCGGGAACUUUUUCGUUUCCUGAUUUCGCUCUGCAACCCACUGGACAAGCAAAAUACCGACGUAAUGAUCCACAUGGGCCUGACACUCCUGACUGUGACCUUCGAAGUGGGAGCAGACAGCAUAGGAAAAUAUGAUUCCCUGCUGGCUAUCGUGAAAGACGAUCUGUGCAAAAACCUGUUUUCAUUGCUUGCUACGGAGCGUAUUUCCAUUUUUGCGGCCGAUCUACAGCUGUGCUUUUUGAUGUUCGAAUCACAGAGAUCCCAAUUGAAGUUCCAGUUGGAAUACUAUCUAACCAAACUGGCCGAUUUAAUUGUGAACGAAAACCCUCGAAUUUUAUAUGAAGCACGCGAGCUGGCUCUGGACAACCUGUUGCAGCUGUUUCGCAUUCCUGGUUUUGCGGCCGAAUUGUACAUUAACUACGAUUGCGAUUUAUACUGCACCAAUUUGUUUGACGACCUCACAAAACUGAUGUCGAAAAAUACACUCUCCGCAACCCAUUCCAUCUACAGCGUCCACACCUUGUCUAUGGACGCUCUGCUGACGAUUAUCGGGUCAAUCGAGAAAAAUUGCAUCCAGGCCAAAAAUGGCGAGAAGCCUACAUAUAUGCGACAUUCGCGGAACAACUCCAGCGUUGAUAAGAUUGUGCUGGACGAGGUGGGGAAUCAAAAUGGUGUCAACCAACAGCAAGAUUCAGAUGUCAGCGAAGUGGCCGUAGAAUCUAUUAAUAAGUAUUUGAAAAAUAGUCAAAACGAGGAGCGCCUUCGGAGAAUCGUUAGUCAGGAAGCCGCAGGCGAUGGAACAACUCUAAACCACGAGGAAUUGGCCGCCAUCAAGAAGAAGAAACGCCUCCUCACUCAGGGAACGGAUCUUUUCAACCAACGACCAGAAAAGGGGAUACUCUUUUUGCAGGAAAAUGGCAUCCUCAACACUACGCUGGAUCCGUUGGAGAUUGCCCACUUUUUGCGGGAAAACUCAGGCCUAGACAAGAAGAUGAUCGGCGAAUAUAUCAGCAAGAAGAAGAACGUCGAGAGCAAGAUUUUGGAAGUGUUUGUCAAGUCGUUCGACUUCGCCGGUUUGACUAUCGAUCAGGCACUUCGGCUGUAUCUGGAGACGUUCCGGCUUCCCGGAGAGGCUCCGCUGAUCUUUCUCGUUAUGGAGCACUUUGCAGAUCAUUGGCAUACAUGUAACAACGAACCAUUCGCAAAUACGGAUGCCGCCUUCCGGUUAGCGUACGCAAUCAUCAUGUUGAAUAUGGACCAGCACAAUCAUAAUGCUAAGCGCUUGAACGUUCCAAUGACCGUCGACGAGUUCGUAAAGAAUCUGAGAGGUCUGAACGGAAACUCCGACUUUGACCAGGAUAUGCUGUCCAAUGUUUACCAUGCGAUCAAGAACGAAGAAAUCGUCAUGCCAGCAGAGCAAACUGGUCUCGUGCGGGAAAACUACCUUUGGAAAGUAUUGCUGCGCCGCGGAUCAACCAAGGAUGGCAUGUUCCAUCACGUGUUCGGUCCAAACCAUGAUCGCGAAUUAUUCCGAAUUAUUCAGGGAUCGACACUGACAGCGCUCAGUUUCAUAUUCGACAAGAGUCCGGAUAACACUCAGCUGUACCAGAAGUCCAUGAAUGGGUUCAUAAAGUCGGCCGUGGUUGCGUCGCACUACGAUCUUCACAGCGAUUUUGAUGCGCUGAUUCUAACGUUAUGCAAAUUCACCAGUCUCCUGAACCCGCCGGCCGACGUACAUGAAAUUACGGCCAACGUGCUGUUCGGACAGAACUCGAAGGCGCAACUAGCCAUGAAAACGGUGUUUGCGUUAAUUCACGAUCACGGAGACUGCAUGCGCGAAGGCUGGAAGCACAUCAUCGAUGUUGUGCUGCAAUUGUUCCGAUUGAAACUUUUGCCGAAAGGUUUGAUGGAAGCGGAGGACUUUUGCGAACCAAGCGGGAAGGUUACUCUAAUGCGGGAACAAUAUCAGCUGCCGAAGACGGAUGCUGGUCUGCUGAGUAGUCUGUAUUCGUAUUUGAGCAACGAUAGCCAACGGCAGCCAUCAUACGAAGAGCAGGAAAUCAUUAAGUUAUCCAAGCGAUGCAUCAAGGAGUGUCAAAUAGAUCAGAUCGUUAAUGAAUCUAAAUUCCUGCAAUUUGAAUCAUUAGUCGAACUGGUCAAUUGCCUGUUAGGGAUGAUUAAACAUCCAGAGAGUCAUAAAUCCGUUGGACUACCUUACGCAGAAAAUACCGUCGUGUUUCUGUUAGAGAUGUUGGUGAAGAUCCUUAUACAGAAUCGUGAUCGAUUACUUCCUGUAUGGAAAAAUUGUCAAGAUCAAUUGUAUCUAGUUCUGUCCGGAUCCGCAUCGUGCGAUUAUACUUAUCUGCUGCAGAGGACCACAAUCGCGCUAUUGAAACUAGCUAUCUAUCUGAUGCGUAAUGAAGAAAUUUGUUCCACCAUCCUGCAGAGUCUCCGCAUGCUGCUAAUGCUCAAACCAGGCGUCAUUCUUUCGAUUUCUAAACCCAUCUCGAUCGGUAUGUAUGAGCUGUUGAAGACCAGUGCCCAGAAUAUUCACACAGAAUCCGAUUGGAUAAUCGUCUUUACGAUACUGGAAUGCGUCGGAGCGGGUGCGGUGCCGCCGGAGUAUGAUGAGGCGCCCGUUGUCUCGGCCGCGAAAUCCGAUGGGGCUCUCAGCAGCGAGGAAGAUUCCGGAUUGCCCGAUCGUGGUUACAUCUCCGAUUCGGAACUGAACGUAAUAAAAAGUGGACAGUCGUCCAACUCGUGCACACCCCUGAUCAGCCCUACCGGAGACAAUUGGAUUCUGGUGAACAAAGACGCAGACAUUGUGUCUUCGCGAUCAUCCUCUCCAAAGCACACAAUUCAGUAUCGUUGCAAGCUGUUGGAACAUUCUCCAUUCGCGUUGGUCAAAUGCUGGGAAAGUCUUGCCUUUAUUGUUCGAAACGUGUCCCACAUCACUCCGUACAACUUUGAGAGCUGCGUCCGCUGCAUACGGACCUUUGUCGAAGCUUCCAUGAACGACGGGAAGGAAAAGCGACGACGACAACGGAAGCGCGGUGACGAUAACGGUAAGAAUUCCCGCAAUCGUAAUCGAAGGAACGACAGCAGCGACAGUGAAUCGGAAGAACUGCCCGAAGCGUACCAAUCGAUAUCGAUACAGUUGCUGGAUUUGAUGCACACGCUUCAUACGAGGACGGCGAAGAUUUUCCGCUGGUGGGCGGAAGAGGGUGGUGCUGUACCACAAUGCUCUGCUUUGUGGUCCCAAGGAUGGUGUCCGUUGUUGCAGGGAAUUGCCCGGUUAGCCACCGAUCAACGGCGACAGGUUCGAACGAGUGCAAUAACUUGCUUGCAAAGGGCAUUGCUAGUGCAAGAUCUUCAGACUCUCACUGGCUUGGAAUGGGCAGGAUGCUUCAAGCAGGUCCUCUUUCCGCUACUGUCGGAACUGCUUGGAGAGAAACCAACUAAACCGGCCGAUGCUGGUUUGUUGGAGGAAUCGCGUAUGCGGACGGCAACCAUCAUGUCCAAGGUGUUUCUGCAUCACCUGACGCCACUGAUAGCACUUGCUGGCUUUAACGAGCUCUGGCUGGAAAUUCUAGACUACUUUGAACGAUUUAUGAAAAUCGGUUCGGACAUGCUGUAUGAAGCGGUGUUGGAAAGUUUGAAGAAUAUGCUUCUGGUGAUGCACUCGGUAUGCGUUUUUCACAACAGUGAUGGUGUAACCCAUUCAGUGCUGUGGGACGUCACAUGGCAGCGAAUAUCAGGAUUUCUCCCCAAUCUGAAGGAUGAGUUAUUUAGAAAUGAUGUUCAUGCAACUAAAGUCAACACGGCGGCUCCAAUCAUUCCAUCCCAAUCUCCUGUUCCAACAUCACUUGAACCAGCUCUAGCCGCCCCUACCCAACCAAGUAUUAUGCAACACUCUUCGCAUGUGCCAGAGCCCGGAUCGCCUGUCCUAGAACAAACUCGAGCUCCACAUAUACCGAACAAUCUGCUGAUCUCCAACGUGGUCAAUCCAACCCCCAUUCAUCCACAAGUUCCACUUCCAACCCCAAUUCUGAUACCGCAAGUAUCUUCUACCCUUACAGUUGUUACUGCUAUGAGCCCUCCUGCCCCACCAACAAUCCUUCCUCAGCAAACGGAACAAGAAAGCCCGCUCAACACUAACCGGUAUUCCAAUAUAAUCGAACUACCGGUAACUCCAUCGCCCCCACCUUGUGCUACCGAACAAAGUCAACAGCAGGUCGAACCUGAACCAACGAAUCCAAUCGCAACGGAACAGCCACCAGUACCAAUAAGCCAUCUACUGGCAGGCAACCAGUACCCAUCUCUACACAGCGUCCCCGUUGGAAUUGCCCAAAGCUUUGCGCCAAUGUUUGUUCAGCCGUCAGUGGUGCCAACGGACGGUUCCGACAUCUACAAUGACUACGUAAACGAUCCGUACAAUCUUACCCUGCAGCCACCAACCCAGGACAUCCAGCAACAACCGCAACAGCAGCAUCAGCAGCCGCCGCAACAACUACAGAAUGUGUUCCAGUCAGCCAACUACUUUGGGUCGUACCAAUUUGGCCCCGGUCGGAUACCACCAGACUCACCUACCAGCUCCAGCAUUCGGACUGAGCCACCUAAUAGUGACGAGUAGUGCUAGAACUGCAGAAAACGUGAACUAUAGCGAGCCUAAGUGAAUCAGAUAGGUUGGCGAUGCUUUAUUCGGUUCAAUUGGAGAGAAUGUGGUACUGAAUUGUAGCACUGACGUUAAAAUGUAGAUGGGGCAAUCACGGUGUCAAAGUGAAAUACUUUAGACAGGUGAAUAACUAUGAUGUAAUUUGUCUUUUUUUGCAAUAACUAUUUUGAAUCUACUGUACGAUUCCACCUGAUUUUAUUAUACAUUUAAAACUUAUCACCAAGACUCAUACAAGUACUAAAAUAGUUGUAACUUUGACACCGUGAAUUUAUUUGCUGCAAUACACGCGAGAUAACCUAUUUAGUUAAAAAUUGUGAGUAGGUACAAAACACGUUAAGCUAACAACAAAAAUAUGAUAGACAUUUUUCACUCUGUCUCCAUUUUUAUGUUGUGCCGAAAUGCAUAUUUAUUAGGAGGAAAUUGUCGAUGUUUAAUGUAAAUGAAUGUAGGUAUGUAUUAUUUUUUAAAUAUUUAGUCUAUCAGGAUGUUGAAAUCUUUAUUGUGCUCGGACAUACAAGCAUCUGAACAGGAAAAUGCACAUGACUGUGAAUAGUUUUGCAAAUCUUUACUCUUGUUAGGAUGAUAAAACGAGCAGAAAUUACUUUUGUUCUGGUAAGCAUUAUUAUUUUCAAAAGCUCCAAUUCAGUUAUGUCGUUUAUUAUCUGUUAAAACUAUUUUAUCCUCAGACGAGCGACAGAAAGAAUAUAAAUAUACACAGCAUACACACACCUUCAAAAAACAUAGCGAAAGGGGAAAUAUAUAUAUUAUAACUACAAUCCAACCAGA